AUGGAUGAGAGGAAGAUGAAAAGGAGGAGUCCCAAAUCCUCUACUAGUCACCCUCCUCCACUCAUGAAUUCCAAGAGGAAUUCUGUCCCACUUAGCAAAAGUACUGGGUUCUCAAACGCUGUGCCACAGCCAGCUGUGCAAAAACCAAAGUUGAAAAGAGUCAUUAAAGAGAAAUCCAAAUCUCAGGGAGAGAGUAAAGGUGCUUCAUCGGCUCCCAUUCAGCACUCGUUCCUUACAGAUGUGUCUGAUGUACAGGAGAUGGAGAAAGGGCUUCUGAGUCUUCUCAAUGACUUCCACUCAGGCAAACUUCAAGCGUUUGGCAAUGAAUGUUCAAUCGAACAAAUGGAACAUGUUCGUGGAUUGCAGGAGAAGCUGGCUCGUCUUCACCUGGAGCUUUAUGGUGAAUUGGAGGAAAUGACAGAAGACAAGCGCAAGAUGGCUAGUGAUUCCAACCUCGACAGACUUCUUUCUGAUGUAUGUAUUUGUAAAAAGUUAUUUUUUUGUAAAUAA